AUGUUGUUCGCGGCUCAUGGAUUUUGGCGAUACUUCGUUUUACUUUCCAUUAUCGCGUCACAAACAUAUGCCGCUGACGCUCCGAGUAAAGAAGAAUGUUGGUGGACCGGAUGCCAGGCGAGCACGUGGGCCGUGACCGGAUGCAAUCAGUACAAUCGGACGCAGAAAAACGUCAAAGUUUGCGAUGGUGGUUCGGAGUAUUACUGCUGUCCGCCCGACCUGAACGUGGAGCCUGCAGCCGAAGACUGUUGGUGGACUGGGUGUCAGCCGAACAAUUGGGCGGUCAAGGGCUGCGACAGCUACAACAGAACGGAAAGAAAGCGGACGGCGUGCGAGGAGGACGGCUUUAAAUACGAAUGCUGCAGUGCUCUUGACACCGCCGAACAUGACGGAGACUGUUGGUGGUCGGGGUGUCAACCGAAAGACCGGAGCGGUCGCGGGUGUCCGUCGAACACGGUUCGAAUCGGUUCACAUACUUGUCCCGGCGGCGAUCUGUUCCAGUGCUGUUCGAGAAGCACUCCUGUCAAUGGCAACGGCGGCACAAACGAAGCAGACAAAUAUGACGUAGAAGAGAUAUCAGGCACGUCGUUUACGGAUUACGUUAGAUAUUUGCUUUUGAAGGGUAACAAUUUCACGAUCAGGCCCGACAAAUUGCGGUGCGAUCUUGUCGAUGUGGAAAAGUCUCAUAUGUUUCGCGUGAAAAAUGAAGGGAUACGUGUCUGUGAUCUGUGCCCUAACUUUCCACAACAACGGUAUCAAAACGUGUAUCUGGACUCGGAUCCCAUGGAUGUACGGGAAAACUUCGAUUUCCCGGAUUGCUUUGGGCUGUGCUUCGUGACCAGUAACUGUGUGGCUUUCAGUUACGAUCACGCGGCGAAAAAAUGUUACGCAUUUUCUAGUACAGACGGAAACUUGGAGGAAGAAUACCGCUGGACCACAGUGUUUAUGACACAGCCGACUGGAGUGUUGUACGAUUGGAUGUAUUCAAGGCAUACAUUAGCUGCCGGAGCAGUUUUUAUGAGUAGGACGCAAGAAGGCACGUUCUUGACCUGUCUGGACAAGUGUAACGCGCAAAGGGAAUGCAACGUCGUCUCGUAUUCACUAACGAACUCGACGUGCACGACUUACCGGGACGUAGAAAAUCAGUUGCAACGAGUCGACUUUGAAUACGGUUAUGUAUCGGCGUUUCGUAUGGAAGUCUUACCGAUAGGAAACGGAAAAAAAUGGCGUUUUUAUGAGACGGGUGACGACAAUUUAUUGUCCUUAAAACCGACAAAAGUCAGUAACGAACCAUGUGCUUUGACGAAAAACGAUACUCACAAUAGUUUUUAUUCUAAACCAUGUUUUACAUCUCCAUCUCAAGGAUGUAACGUCAAGACGGGUUGCAAAACAUGUUAUUACCCAGAGAAAGUGAGUGGUACUGAAAAUCUGAGCGUUUGCCCGGAUAGCGAUUUAUAUUAUUUAGAAAGAAUCGACAAUCUUUUAGACACUGAAAUGAGUAGAUGUUUAAAUAAUUCUGAAUGUAUGGGGUUUGGAUUGAAUUCCGAACUGGCUGAAACUAUAACUAUAGCAAACUUUGGUCAACGUGAAUAUUUGAAGUCAUUCAUGUUGAAGUACCCUAAAAAAAACACUGUUGGUAUACACAAGUACCUCAAGAAUUACGAGUUUAUUGAAAACCUUGAGAUCAAACCUUUACCGAAUUCAGCAAGCACCAUACAGAUUUUACGCGAAGUCACAUUUGACAAAUGUUUAUCUGAUUACGAAAAAUCAAAUUAUAAACGCAUGUCUUACUCCGUAACCGAAAGGAAAUGUUCAAUGUCCUCUGAAUUUGUGCAACUGAUAGAAAAUAAAAAUGUUUUAACUUUGUUUAAGAAACCUUCAUUUUUAUCUCCGACAUUGAAUUAUAUACGCACUCCAGGAUUACGUUUGGAUCCCAAGUUAUCAAUAAAUAAAAUCGAUUGUAAAACAAACUGCGAAGAAACAUGUGCAAAGAUCUGUAACCAGCCAUCUAAUGAUUGGUGCGCAUACGUAUAUUUAGAAUAUUUUAUUGAUACUUCGAGAUGUCACUUUUAUAAUUCUCAAGAAACAAGUUUGAAAAUGGAACCAUCGACAAAUUCAAUGAUUCUUGUUGCUCAAAGUAAGUCAAAUUUUACGCUGGCUGCGUUUGAUCAAGUAAAUCCGUUUAGCCAAGACGAGAACAUGAUAUUGGGAUGUUUUUCCGGUACAAAUGAACAAACACAAACGUCGCUGACAGUCUUUGGAAAUCCUAGUGGAACGACUGAAGUGGCAAAACGGAGUAAAAGAGGGUUUUUUGACUGGAUAGGCAAAGCGGUGAAAUCGGUAGCUAAUACAGUGGUAAACGCUGUAAAAGACACAGUAAAAGGGGUCGUUGACACAGCAAAAGGAGUUGUGAAGGCUGUAGAUAAAGUAGUCAAAGGUGAUUUAAAAGGGGCAAAAAAUGCUUUUACUAACAUACCCAUAGUGAAAGACAUAAAGAAUGCCGUGGACUUUGGAGGGGCCGUUAUUACUGGAGACUGGGACACCGCGAAAGAGAAAGGAAUUGAUUUAUUAGGAUCAUCGCUGGUUGAUGUCGGUCUUACUGUUAUUGCGCCGGGUGUAGGAAAAAUCAUUGGUACAGGGUUAAAAUCCAUAGCUAAAGGGUCCAAGACGGCCGUUAAGAAUAUAAAAAAACAAUCAGAUAAAGUAGAACACACAAUUAAACCAAAACAAAACAAUAUAGAUAAAGAAAACAAAAAUGGAAAACUGAAACCUAAAGACAAAGAUAAGAAAAAAGAAGAUGUCGACCGUUGUGAGAACAGACGCACACGGGCAACCAGCUCACAAAAAGGAAAGCAUAGUUGUAAACGAGCCGAGUGUGACGCUCCAAAAGGUGUUCGUUUUUCUUUGUCUGAGUCAUUUGAAAGUUGUAGCAAAAAACAAGUUGGAUCUAAAUGUCAUUACGAGUGUAAGGUAGGAUAUGAAGAAAAAGGCCCGAGUGCAACGUGCACCAAGAAAACAAAUCAAAUGACCGCGUGGGAUCCACAACCAGAAUGUUCCUUGUAUAAGUGUAGUGAUAGUAUGUUCCCCAUAGUUGCUGUGAAAACUCCAAAGAUCGAAAGUCUUACUUCAAUUCCGACAAGUAAAUAUAUAGUCGUGUAUGUAGUUAUGUUCGACAAAUCAAGAAAAAUACCCGUGUGGUCAGUAGCUUUACACCAAAGUAACCAAUUCCAAUCCAAAAGCUACAAUGACGCCAAAGACGUUGGUCGAAAAAGUUUCUUCAGGUAUCCGUGCACUGCUUUACUUCAACAUCAGGCUGUUGGUAGCGAUUAUAGCAAUUCUGGAUGGGAUCAAGGACAUUUGACUCCCGCAAAUAUAGCUCGGUGGUCUGAAAAAGCUUCGAAAAGUACAUUUUCAUUCAUAAAUAUUGCCCCUCAGGUACCGUAUAUAAACGAACAUCCCUGGCAAAAAUUAGAAUUUCACGUGGAGUGUUUUAGUACGAGACGUCGUACUCUCGUCGUUACUGGCGUUUGUAAAGAAUCGUUAGGUUUAAACAUCGGGAAAAAAAAAAUUGAUGUCCCCAAGUGUUUUUGGAAAAUGUUGUGCUAUAAAGAUGAAAAAAAUAUAGAGCAAGUCGUGGGUUUCAUCGGGGAUAAUUCACUCAUAAAACCCAGUACGAUAGCCGAUAGAGAAAAAGACAUAUUCACGGCGAGAUCGCAAUCGGAAAUCGAAAAACUAUAUGACAGUACAUUGGGCAAUCCAUGGGUUAAGUCGAUUGAAGUGACGGCUGGUCGAGAAGUCGGUAUUAAUCCUGGAUUUGACAACGAUGCAGAUUCAGGGACGAUAUGGUUGCCGGUGAACGUGUUCGAUUGUAUGAACGUUAAAACAAUUGACGAUCGCGAGAAAAAAGAAUGGGAAGAUAAAUUAAUGAGUAAAAAGAGAAAGCAAAAACGAGAUAUUUCAGAUCGAUUUUCUAGAGGCUGUACACCGUCGGAACUAGACGAGAAACAAGAACUGUUCGAUCUAAUCAAAAAACGUCAAGCUGCAGUGGUGGGCGACUCGGCGGGUGAUGACGACACUGAUUUGGAGGACGAUAAUUCACCUCCGAGUGGUAAUGUCGAGGUGUCAGUACAAAACUGUGGUAAACGUAUUAUCGGGUAUUACACUUCGUGGGGAUUAAAGAAGAUAAGGAGCGAUGCGUUGGCCAAGUUGACGCACGUAAUUUAUGCUUUUUUGGAAAUUCGCGCCGACGGCACCGUCGACCUGGGAUCACCGGACAUAGCACACAGUCCUAACGUAGAAGAAGAAACUGCCAAAGCACGGAGUAGGCUGGAGCAUCUCAUGAACUUGGCCAAAUUCUACCCACAUUUAAAAGUCAUGUUUGCAGUUGGAGGAUGGGAAAAUUCUCAGUAUUUCAGUAGAAUUGCCGCUUCAUCCGAUAGCAGGGUGAGGUUUAUAGCUUCUGUUGUUAAACUCAUAGAAAAAUUCGGUUUCGAUGGGGUGGACAUUGACUGGGAAUAUCCAGUGACGGGUGGAGCCAUAGAGGGUGUGCUACAAGAUAAGACUAAUUACGUUCUUCUCAUGAAAGACUUACGACAGGCUCUGGACGUUUUUGCCACGGACGCAGGUCGUAAAAACAAAUUUCUCAUAUCUUUUGCCGGAGCUGCUGGACAAUGGACACUGGAUCCAGGUUUUGAUUUGCCAGGAUUGCUACAGUACGCAGACUUUGUGAACGUAAUGACCUAUGAUUUUUUCGGCGCUUGGUCAAGUAAAUGGGGCGCGUACACGGGACCACCAGCACCAUUGUAUUUUGGAAUGCCACCUAGGUUUUCUGGCAAAACCAACGUGGACUGGACCAUUAAAUAUUACACUUGCAAAUCCAAACUUCCUCAUAAAAUCAACAUGGGUAUUCCGUUUUAUGGUCGGUUUUGGAAUAACGUAGGUGACUCUGUGGAUGGGAAAGACCAGAUGUGGAGAACGGCAAACGCGGUAAACGGUGUUUUCCAAGGUGGUUAUACACCGUGGUUCAAUAUAAAAAAAGACCAUUUGUCUGAUCAACGUUUCGAACAAAGUUUUCAUGAAAAAAGUAAAUCACCAUACGCUUGGAACGCAGCCACUAAAGUAUUUUUGGGUUACGAAAAUAAGAAGUCUUUAGAGUAUAAAAUCAAGUAUGCGGCCGAAAAAAAUGUAGGUGGUUUGAUGAUUUGGUCUGUAGAUUUGGAUGACGACGAUCUCACACUUUUGAAUACCGUGUAUACCGCACCCUUAUGUGACAAAACGAAUCCUAAUGAUGUAAAUCAUAAAUGUUCACCAAUAGAUGAAAAACGUUGGUGGACAUCUGAAGACGGAGAUGACUUUGCAGGGUUGUGUGGUCGUUCCGCUCCAUUGUACAAAGGUUAUUAUCCAGUAUGCGAUCCGGACGAUCCUGGUUACAGCUGUUGUGGACCGUCCGGAUAUUGUGGAUCCGGUGAUAAAUACUGUGAUUGUCCAACGUGCAAGGACUUCGGAAAUAAUCCAAAAAUAAUAUUGGACCAACCAAUCAAACCAACCGUUCCCGUAUCGUGGUAUUUCCUGGACGCGAAAGAAGGCCUGCGCGGAAGGUGUGGUCGAAAGAUACCAAAAAUCAACGGUGUGUUUCCCACCUGCAAUCCAGACGACGAAAACGCGUAUUGCUGUUCUAACGGCAACUAUUGCGGUAAGGGAGCUGAUUUCUGUAACUGUCAAGGGUGCGUGAAUUUCAAAACGAAACCGUCGUACCGAUUUGGACCAAAGAAGUGGUGGACCCUGGAAGAUGGAGAAAAGAGAGCUGGCACGUGUGGUCCGAAAGCGGACAAGGUUGAUGGCAAAUACGAGGCCGAGUGCGAACCCAAUACCAAAUUCAGCUGUUGUAGUCCAAACGGGUACUGUGGUUCCGGAUCGGAUUAUUGCGAUUGCAAAGGCUGUAAACGAUUUUAA